UUCACUUCAUCUUGCUGUUGAAUUAACGUUAAGAAGACCAAACCAGGUAUGAUGAUAAUUUGUCAUUUCAUUGCAAUUUUUAAUGUAAAUUAUAGAGCUUUCCGUUUUUCAGGUUAAUUUCCCGGCGUUUUUUUGCUACAUCUCCUGUUGUUGGACCGAGAUAUCUGGGCCGAAAUUAAAACAGAUUUAUUUUAUAAACAUGAGUGUUGUUUAGAGUUUUUGGCCACUGAGAAAAAAUCGUAUUUAAACACACGUAAAAAUACGAUAUUUUUACGUGUGAAAAUAUCAUUUGUUGUAAGACGCAUUGCCACGGAAGUUUUAUUGUUUUUCACUGAAUUUUGUUUAUAUAAUAAACAGAAAAAUACAUGGGUGCUUGGAAAUACCAGAUUUAUUUCGAGUGUUGAACAUGAUAUCUCACGAGUGAGCGCAGCGAACGAGUGAGAUAUCAUGUUCAACAUGAGAAAUAAAUCUGGUAUUUCCAAGCACCCAUGUAUUAUUCUCUAUAUAAUAUACCGUUUAUUUUCUAGUUUGAUUGCAAUAUUUUGUAAUAUGUUCAAACUCCUAUUAACUCGGAUUUUCUCUUGUUUUUGUUGAUGCAAUUCUAUUUUCGUCUUAAUUUAAAUCCAGCUGUAACCUUUACUUGAUCUUGGAUUUAGUUCUCAUCUUUUUGUAUCUGCGAAGCAGAUAUAUUGCUAUCGCAAACGUGCCGUACCGUACCUAACCUGAAGUUCAGGCCCUAAUCACAGAAUAGGGCCUGACACAAAACCUAUCUAAACUGUGGGGUUCCCGUCCAUCUGGUGGACGGGAAAUCUGAUUGGUUGAUCAGCAUCAUGAAAGAUUUUGAUUGGUUGCAAGUUCACAUAAACAACAGUUUUAAAAAUAGCUCGGUCAAGGCGACAAUUAAUAUGAAGGUCAAACGCACGUAACAAAUUCCAUUAUCGAUUUCUUUGAAUUUCUUUUCUUUUAUGCUUUAUGGCAGAAAAUAAAUCAAACAAACAGUAUUCUGAAAGGGCUUUAUCAAAAUCUUUGAUGAAUUUUGGACACACGACGCUGAAAGAACAGCCAAACUAGUCAUAUAUUCGAAAGCUUGUUGUUGACAGCCAAGAUGUUCUGCCAACUGGCUUCGUCGGCAAAAAUCUUAUUUUUAAUAUCAGGUCCUACCGGCGUUGUUUUCUGAGCUACAUCGCCUUCUUUGUGGUACGAUUGAAAAUUUCAUUGUUGCUGUUGUUAGCCCGUUAGAGUAUAUCCGCGUCCAGCAAGUUGAGACCUUGAGAAAGCUUGGCAGUCAAGCCGUGUACAGAACUGACUAGUUAAAUCUUUGUUCGGUUAAAUAUAGAGAAACUGACUCUUAAUUAUAUAAAAGUACCUUGAAUUUGUAAGUUUAAUUAAAAAGCAAAAUGUACACCGACUCUGCGGACAUGUUCAUGAGAAUAUAACUUUUUUGCCAGUGUAACGAAAUCUACAACACUUGUCAAUCAUAUUGCAUGCUGUGUCUAAAAAUAACAUCUGGGCGUCCCACUGUCUAGACAGGUUUUGCGUCAGGCCCUAUUUAAAAUUAGGGCCUGAACUUCAGGUUAUACCGUACGUACCGUAUCCCUAGCCAUUCAGCGACGAGCUUAUAUAAUUUAAGCCAAUUUAAGCCAAUCAGCGAUUCGUUUACAUCAAUUGUUUACAUCGUGCCCGCAUCUAACCAGCGAACGGGCAUACUUUAGCCUCGUCAAGCCUCGUGUAUAAAUCGUGUUAUUGUUUCAAAAAUAUCUUGAUAUUUUUAUCAAUUUAUAUUGAAUUGGCUGUCUUUUUUUAUUCCGAAGUUUAUAUUUAUCAACAUGGAAUCUUAUCCUCAUCUGGUAAGUAGUCAAAUACCACAUAUUAUAUAUUUAAAUACCAAAUUUGUGCGAAUAUAUGUCGCACAUAUUUUAUAAUACAUGAGUUCGCCAGUUCAGCAAAUAUUUACUAUACUAUAUCUACAGUUAAUAUUGCCGUAUCUUCGGCGUAGAGUUUACAUGGAAUGCACUCUGGAAUUUUUUUAUUAAUAUAUUACACUGUUAAAAUAUUGGAUAUUUUCGAGGAUAUUUUAAGCCAUUUGUCAACAUAGUUCACAAAAAGAUUUAUACAGUAUUAAAAGCUUCUGUGACUUCUGUAAUAUUUUAAACAGUGAUAACAUUCUCAGGAGAUAUUGAAUUAAAUCCUGGUCCUGUAUUUCUGUAUAUUGACUCCAUAACUCUGUUCAAAACAACAGUCUAACUAUAAAGCUGUCAUCAAAUGUAGUGUUAGAGCAAAGGUUGAAGAUUUUAUCAGUUAAAAUACUUAUACAUUUUGGUUUUACACAUUAGAGUUAAUUUUAAUAAACAAAAUUUUUACAAACAUUUUCAAAUAAAAGAAUCCUCACCCUCCCGAGCCUCAUUAAGCCUGGUUCACAUAUGCCUGCGGCAUGCCUGCGACUGUAUCUUUAUGCCUCAACUUGCCGCCGAAAUAGCGGGAAAGUCGAACUCAAGUCAACUUUCCCGGCCUACCGCCGAUGUAACUGAGGCACUGGAGGCAAUCGGCGAACAAAUAUUCACAUAAUUCACGUUUUUAGCUACCACCGGCAUCGUCGCCGGUACGUCGCAGGCAUAUAUGUGAACCAGGCUUUACAUUGUCAUUUUGCUUUCUAACAUAAAUAUUUUUCUUUAGAGAUUAAUACAAGAAUGAAGAAUAAAUGUACUGGAUAUUGGCUGGAUAAUAAAUUGUGAGAACAACAAACUUGCAAGACAAUCUUACCUAAAUUCAUUAGUAUGGAAAAUAAUUCAACAGCUACAAUGAGUAGUCAUAUAUUAUAUGGUGGAUUUGAUCAAUGGCACACAAUGUACAAAACUAAACUUGUGAUACCUUCUACUCAAACCGAUAAUCUCCCACAACACGAUUGUUUUUGUGUGAAUGUGCUGUAUGUGUUAAACCGAACAGUGUGGUAUAUCAUUAACUGUGCACAGAACUGGAAUUUAAUUAUAUACCUCACACAAAAACAUUCUCAAUUAUUCAGUGGUCUUCGACAUGUUCACCAAAUAUUUUGUGUAUGUUACUCAACAGUUAACAUUGGCAAGUGUAAACAACAAGUGACAUAACUUUUGCUUCAUAUGAUUACAAUAAAGUUUUGAAAAUUUGAUGAGUAUGAAUUGAAUUGACAGGUGGCAGUUUACUAAAUAGCUGGCUGUAUAGACACUUUGAAUAUUGUUUGCAUGAAAUUUUUAUUUCCUGACUGCAUAAUUAUUUGUUACAACAUGAUCACAUUAUAAAGUUAGUUAAAUUUUCUCGGUGCGGGGGUGGGCAGCACUUGCCCUGCUGCACUCCCCGCUGUGUACAGCCCUGUUUUAAAUCUUAUCUGCCAUUAUAAUAAGUGAUGAAAUAUUUCAAUUGUCCCCAACCUCGUUCCCAGGGCUUCAGUGUGAGGACGAGGCGAGACACGAGGAAGCCCUGGUCCGGGCCGGUCAAUUUUGCAUUCUGAUUGGCUAACACCAUAUUGUCUAAAAAUAACUGAACUUGACAGUUAGAAUAACAAUUCAACAUUUGUAUUUUUAUGAUUCUUGUGUGUACGAGUAUGAGUUGCAAAAUAAUCUUUCAAAGUAAGACGUUUUCUUUCAGAUCAGUGCGUUUUCCCGACUGCAUGAUUUACUUUCGCCUUGGCCGGUUACUAAACUGAAAUGCCGUGUCGAAGUGAGCUGUGAUGUUUCCUGGCAAAACAAGAAACGUCUACUAUUAUUUAAGCUGUAGCUUUCCUUGUACAGUAUUUAUUAGUGGAGAUGUCUGAUGAAAUACUGCGCGUAUUGCAUUGUAGUAAUAUUUUAAUUUACAAUAUUCUGUACUGACAAAUAAAAGCAAGACAAACAAUUAAAUGAAGCUACUAAAUUAAUUUAGGCCCUGUUUACUUAAUAGCUCUACGCCUAGGCCGAUGUAGUCUCUACAAGAUUCGCACGCCACCCAGUUUUUCAGUUUCAGAAUACCCCCGAAUACUUGAAAAUUGCGACUAUACGAUAAAAUAAAACAAAGAUUGUGAAGGGGAUAAAAUUUGUAGGCAAGCAUUCGGCUCAGCUCCUGAACGGCAAGUGUUGGUGUCCGACGAAACAAGCGAAUCCGUAUACUCCUGUACAGCGUAAACAGCUUAUUAAUAUUUAUACAACCAUGAAAGAAAUACAGAAAAUAUCUAUGGAUCGAGCCAAAUUGUUCGAAUGGAUUGCAAAUAAAAUACUUGAGUGCAAAAUUGGCCUUCUCCAGCAACAAAUGUGUAUUAGGCAGGUUGCAAUGGCUGAAAUGUAUACCCAUUACAGUAUUAAAAGACCAAAGACAGGGGUGUGCAAAUAGAAUCAUUAAGAAAUAGGUAAAUAUGAUUUGUAAAAUUCACGAGUACUGCCUUUAGUUUAGGAAUACCGUUCAUAUUAAAAAUAUAUUUGUUUCUUUACUGUUUUUUGAAGGUUAAUUAAAAUGCUGUCAAACUGAGCACUUUGAUUUUGAAAAUUAAACUGAGCACUUUGAUUUUGAAGGAAUAUGUCACAGUGCACAGCACCCAUACAUUUUUAUUUCAUGGGGAAAUAUGUACUUGCUUUCAUUUCACUAAUAGUACUAAUUCAUAUGAUUUGAAUUGUACUAAUUGUAUACUGUUAAUUAUUAAAAUCUAAAUCAUCUAUGGGUCCCAAAAUACAAUACAACAGUAACUCUGAAUAAAGUAAGCAUUUUUAUUCAUCGUUUCGACUUUAUUUAAUCAUCAUCAGGAAUGAUUAUAUUACAUAUGCCGAGACAUAUGCAGGCGUUGUAUAUACUCUAUGUAAUUUGAUAGUAAUAAAAGAAAACUAAUAGUUCUCUUGGUGCUUUAGUGCCAUGAUUAAGUUCCGGGUUUUUGUCUAUGAAUGGCGAGUGCUUCUUUGAACAGCAGAUUUGACCAGUGCUUACCCCUAUCUGCUGUUCAAAUAACUCGCCAUUCAUAGACAAAAACCGGAACUUAAUCAUGACACUAAAGCAUCAAGAACUUCAAGAGAACUAUCGGUUUUCUUUUAAUACUAUCAAAUUACAUACUUAGAGUAUAUAUAACGCUUGCAUAUGCAAUACAAUCAUUCCUGAUGAUGACUAAAUAAAGUCGAAACGUUGAAUAAAAAUGCUUACUUUAUUUGGAGUUAGCGUUGUAUUGUAUUUUAUGAAAAUACUCGGUGGUUCCCGCAACUAUGUGCCCCCUUGAAGAUAAUUUUGUUAGUGAACUGGUCAGAGUCUAAUGAGGUUUCUUUUGAGCAGACUAAACUUAACCAAUGCCAAUAAGACAUGUCCUCGACUUUGCCUAAAGUCGCCUAAAAUCUCCCAAAGUCGCCUAAAAUCGCCCAAAGUCGCCUAAAAUCGCCCAAAAUUGCCACUCGAUUUCGUGGCAUUUUCCUAAAGUCGCCUUAAGUCGCUUGAAGUCGCCCAAAAUUACGGCGACUUUAGGUCCCAGAGUAGGCCUAUGUAAUAUUUCGGCAAAUCCGACUAUGAGGACUGGACUAGAAUUCAAGUCCGCGCAAUUUGAUCGAGGCGAAGCCGAGGAUCAAAAUGCCAGUUCUCAUAGUCGGAUUUGAAAUAUUAUAAUGCACCUAACAAUGUUAAGCCCCAGAGGGGCGGGGGGGGGUCGGGCAUAAGUGGGGCAUUUGAUUUUCUGAGCAAAUUUUCAAUCAAAUGCCCCACCGUCGGGCAAUAAAUAUUGGUCAAAUGCCCCACUAUUUUGCAAUAAAUUGCAAUAAAUACUAUAUUAAUAAAGGUUAAUUGGUUCAAAUUGCCCCAACUUGGGGCCAAAAUGCUGAUCAAAAUCCCCAGGGUGGGGAUGCAAUUGAUGAUCAAAUACCCCACAUAUGCCCGACCCCCCCCCCCCCUCUGGGGCUUAACAUUGAUAGGUGCAUAAUAUCUCGUACGAAUAAAUUACCCCUUAAAGUGAGGUGAAUUAAUAAUGAUUCAGUCCUAGGAUUGGAUCAAUAUACUUCACCAGGUAUCUAGUAUUAUCAUGUGAGCAAAACAAAGCAAUAUGUUGGCUAAUUUACUUAUGAAUUAUUAAUGAGUUUGAGAUAGAUAAUAUUUACCACAGGACCGUUGCGAGGACUUUGCCUUUGGUUUAGUGAAUUUUUCCAACUUCACGUUUUUACCUGAUUUUGCGACGCAUGCAUGCCGAGAACAUUUCAGUCGCUAAUUCAUAUUAUCCCCCAAAAUUGUUGGCGAGGGGGGGGGGUUCAAAAUAUUUUUCCAGAUAUACAAUAAAUUUUCCGAAGAUAUUUUAAUUUUCGCAAACAUACAAAAAAUUUUCCGGACAUAUCAUAAAUUUUAGGAAAAUACAAAAUUUUUUCUGGAGAUAUCAUCAUUUUUACGAAAAUCAGAUCAAAAAUUUUUACGCGGAUAUAGUUAUUUUUGCCCAUUCAUUUCCUUAUGCUCUGAGACUUACCUAAAUUUACCUAAAAAUCUUCUGGAAAAUUACCUGAAUUUACCUAAAAAUCUACUUGAAAUCUACCUGAAAUUGCUCAUGAGCAAUUAUUAGGGGGAGUGUUGCACCCCCCACACCCCCCGGUCGCUACGAUCCUGUUUUACCAGCAUGUGAAGCGCACUGAUCUGAAAUAAGACUGGAUAACGCAUCUAUAGUAUACAAAAGUGACACCGGAAGUCACCAGCCGCCACCCGAUUCUGGCGCCCCACUUUUGUAUAGAUUUGUAUUACAGACGGUAGUUUUUCGCGUUUUUUGCCUUGGCUACGUUUCCGAUCGGGCCAAUUUUACAAUCACAACGAUAGAAGCAUACAAGAAGAAUUUUGAGCAAAAAAAUUGGAGUAUUAUGGCUUUAUAACGCCGCGAAACGGGAUUUACAACUCUGAAGGAGUGGAUCGAGAGCCUCAGACUUUGUUUAAUAUCAACACGAGCUCGUUUUGCUACUUUCAUACAAAAUCAACUCAGAUUAUAAAAAUAUACAAGAAUUAUUUUUACUGGACGAAUAUUCUCACGAAAUUUGAAGAAAUGAAGCAGCUAUAUUGUGAACGAAAGCGUACAGAGGUUAGAUUUUGUUUAUCAACACGAGCUCGUUGCUACUUUCAUACAAAAUCAACUUAAAAUAUACAAAUAAUUACUGUUUACUGGACGAAUAUUCUCAGGAAACUUGAAGAAAUGAAGCAGCUACAUUGUGAACGAAAGCGUACUGAGGUUAGUUUUAAAAUACCUUGAGGCUACUUUUAUAAUUAUGCGAAUUUAAUAAGGAAAGUUUUAAAUGUCAAUUUUGUGAAAAGCAUUCCUAGGCGACUUGUCGAGAAGUUUUAUAUGUUUUAAAGUAGGAAGACAAGUGACAAUGAAAUAUUUUUAAUCCAAAUUAUAAACGACUCAAUAUGUAUAGGUUAUUUUGAGGCAACGAGGGGAUAUGUGAUUUAUUCACCGAGGCGCGCAGCGCCGAGGUGAAUAAACACAUAUCCCCGAGGUACCUCAAAAUAACGUACUUAUUUUUCACAUUGCGAAGUCGCGUUAAAGAGUCAGAAUAGAAAUAAUUCUCAAUGCCAUAUUGCCUUCGUUAUGUUGUUUUUUUCUCAUUUCUUGUGCUGCAAAGACAUUGCAGGUGAAUAUUAGAGGGGAUUAUUAAUUGCAGGUGAAUAUUAGAGGGCUUAUUAAACGGAAAUUGAUUAGAGGUGAAUAUUGAAUAUAUUUCCCGAUAAGAACAAAGGAAACCGAGCAGGGUGAAAAAUAAGUUAUUUUAAUUCAUAUAAUUAUGGAAGUAGCCUCAAGGUAUUUUAAAACUAACCUCUGUACGCUUUCGUUUACAAUGGAGCUGCUUCAUUUCUUCAAAUUUCGUGAGAAUAUUCGUCCAGUAACAAUAAUUCUUGUAUAUUUUGAGUUGAUUUUGUAUGAAAGUAGCAAAACGAGCUCGUGUUGAUAAACAAAGUCUGAGGCUCUCCACUCCUUCAGAGUUGUAAAUCCCGUUUCGCGGCGUUAUAAAGCCAAAAUACUCGAAAAUACUACUAAAUGACUUUUUGCUCAAAAUUCUUCUUGUAUGCUUUUAUCGUUGUGAUUGUAAAAUUGGCUCGAUCGGAAACGUAGCCAAGGCAAAAAACGCGAAAAACUACCGUCUGUAAUACAAAUCUAUACAAAAGUGGGGCCCCAGAAUCGGGUGGCGGUCGGUGACUUCCGGCUUCACUUUUGUAUACUAUAGAUGCGUUAUCCAGUCUUAUUUCAGAUCAGUGGUGAAGCGUCAUAGAUUUGCAUAUUAAACAACCUAAAAUGUCUCAAGAACGAAAAAGAUAAAGAAAAGUUGUGAAAUGACUUAUUUUAACGAGUUCUUUCUGUAUGAACAGACUUGAAUUUCAUUGCCUAUAACCCAAAAAAUCAGUCUAUAUACAAAAAUGCUGUCCAUUGAAUUUUUACAAUGUGUAUCAUAUUAAUCACGAAGUUCUCUUGCGAGAUAUUAAAAAAAACGUUUGCCUGUCAGAAAACGUAUACACAAGGCGAACGUUUUCUUUUGAAGCAAGAAAUACUGUAAACACCCACAGUUUAGUUCACAAUCUAGGCAAAAUAAUCGCACAUUAAUGUACCGCUUUCCAACAAAUAAACAUAGAUAUGGGCACAACAUAAUAUUUCCCAUAACUUAACCUUCAUGGAUUAUUUAUGAAUUUUGCGAAAACAUGUGAUCUUUGCAUUUGUGGUUUGGCUAUGCAUGGGUGUUAAAAUGUCUCACUGUCUGCGUUCACCGCCCCCAUGUUCCACUAGCCUCCGCGUAAACAUUUCAUUAUUUACAAAAAAUUCAUUAUUUACACAAAAAAUCUCUCCAUAAAAGUGAUCCAGGUUGCAAAUUACUAAACAUGGCCUUUGCGAAACCGUUGCCAAUAAAUGACAUGGGAAACUCCUAUCUAUUUUGCGGUCACACGAAUUUCGUCAUGAGCUCUUGCGUCAUUUUCACGCACCAUGCAGAGUGUAUUACAUUUUCAGAUAUAAAAGCAUAGGACGAACGCGUUCGAAAGGUUAAAAAUUAUUUUUUAAAGGAAUUAGCACUCCUUAUCCUCGUUUUCAGACACAAAUUAUUGAUAGUAACAAUAAUGGUCGUUUUGGUUGUUUAUUUAAAAAGUACAAUUGAGCUCUUUGGCAGCUUUUUAUUUAUUCUUUAAAGUGUGAUAAGAUGACUUGUGUUCAGCCUCUGAGAAUAAUGCUGACAUCAGCAAUAAGAUGUUUCCGAACUACUUUAAUUGUAUCGACUCAAAAUAUUCGAUGAACUCUCGUAGUAAGGAUGUACGGAACCUAUUAAACAGCCAGCAUUAUCCCUUAAUUAUACAAUUUUGUGACGUCACCUAUAUAAUCAAUCUUGUAAUCAAUAGUGGCUGCAAAGGUCCUAGUGAUUUUAGACUUUGUUCACACUAGCGAGUUAGAUCGUUCUCAGACCGAUCCAUGGCAAAGCGAUUUCAAUGUGAAUGCAAGAAUGCGAACUGAGAUCGAUCUAAACGAGAAUCUACUAAUUUGCUGCCCAAAAAUUCUAGCCUGAAUACCAGGUAUAUCAUGUUUUCCCGCUUUACGCUAUAAGGGAGAAUCGGGCAGAAGGGGGUGCGCGCUGACUUUCAGGUUACAUCAAUGUUUAUAUACUAAAACAUUUGUAUCUUUCAGAUGAAGACGUCAGGAAUGAAAAUCUUGAUAGCUGUUGUAAUGACAGUGGUUGUUUUGGCAACAAGCGCGUCAUCAACGAAGGACGUACGGGAUAUAUGCAACUACAACAUCGGGGGUGCAAAAUGCAGUGCCUGUUGCGGACGAGCGCUUGCACAUUGCAAACUAUAUUGUAUCAAUUUGGGUUGUGACCCGAAUCAAAAGGGUGUAUGCGAUGUCAAAAACAGCAACAAGUAUUUCAUGUACUCAUUCAGGGCAAGAGGUUGCCCAACAUGCAUGAAUGACAGGCGACGUACUUUGGAAAGUGAUGACCCUUCAGCUGUUGUCAAUUCGCAUGGUUUGACAGCUGUGUAAAGCGUGGUUUGCAAAAUUGCCAAGGACCCGAAUGCAAUCCUUCUGCUGUGAUACAACGAACAUGUGGAAAGGGAUGCCUUUAAGGGAUCCGAAAUUAUUCAAGACAUUAGAUAGAUAAUUAUAUAUGUAUUAUUUUCUUUAUUAAUUGAUGAACAGUAACAUAUUAUAAUAAGUUCAUUGUUUGUUGAAAUUGAAAUUGAAAUAAAAAGCAUUGCAAAAUCACAAGCCUUACUUUGUACUUUGAGACUAUGCUUAUGAUCAACGACAUACGUCAGUGAACUAAUUCCAAACUUAACCUGCAAACAAAUUCGCCUAGUGGAAAACGGGCUUUACGCCUCUGUAGCGAUUCUACUGACCAGUGCCGUCUAAAGCAAAUUGUUAUUAUUGGGGGGGGGGGAGAAGCUCAACCAAGGGGGUUGAGGGCAUGCUCCUCCAGAAAAACCUUGCGUUUCCGAAGCCUCGGAAGAGCAUUUAUUCUGUGUUUUCCGAGAAGAAUGUUUAUCAAUGAAUUUCUUGCAUUUAAAUACUCAAGAUUUUGUAAUUCACGUUAUAACUUUUUACAACUUCAUCCGCCCAGUUUUGAAACAACGUUUGCCAUGAUGCAAUCGCAAACAUCAAUGAAUUAGCCUUUCUCAGACCUUCUCACGAUGACGAAUAUCCACCAUUUUUGGGUGGCAUCCAAUUCUCGUUAACCAAUGCGGGCAAUUAAAACGACGUGAAAAGCAAUUUUUCAAAAUAAACUAACCAUUUACAAAGCAAAUUUAUCAUCAUUCGUCCAAAAAAUUAUAAAAAGUCGCUGUUAUGUGGACUUUUCUCGCAGACUUCGGCUGAUCGAAAUGCCACCCAAAAUUGGCGGCGUGAGAAAGUCUAAUUGGUUUUGUUCCUAUUGAUAUAUGAUGUCAGAUUGUCGAGGGAAUGCUGUAUAAAAACUGUGUUUGUGUCGGUUUGUGGUAAUCUUCAACACGAAUGACAAAACAUAAGAUUUUAAAGUUUUUUGCUUCCUUACUCGAAGGGAAAGGUUAGUUCGCUGACCUCAGAAUGACAUUUCGUCAAAACUUUUUUCUUCAUGAUUGGUUUAGAAACAAACUUGGAGUAGGGUUAGGUUAGGGUUAGAGUAUUUGGAAUAGGGUUAGUAUUAGUAAAACCGUUCCUUUGUUACCUUGUGUCACUCUGAGGCCAGCUAAAUAACUCCUUCCUUAAUUACUUGCCAAUUACGCGUAUAGGAUUCGUUACUCUAUGAGUCUAUACUUUUAUUAACUAUUAUACAUACACUAUCCUCAGCAAGAAUAUCACUUAACUAAAAUUAUUAAAUUUUUUACUCAAAGCUUCAUCGCAUUGAGCAUCAUUGGCAUUGCCGCAUCUCGGAAUAUACUAUUAUAAUCACAGUUUACGCCGCAUGUUUUGGUCGCUAUGAUCCCUAUACGAACACCAGUGUCCCCUCACACCGCGUUUAUCCCAUGAAUACGCCAUUUUGGCAGCAGUUCGCGAUUUCAGAUCACAGUUCGCGAUUUCUUUGAAAGGGGAAUUGCUGACGAGUGCAUGAUGCCCCAAUAGAUGAUGUUAUUGAACCAGAAACUUUAUACGAGUGUAUUGUGGCCACAGUUGUUGAUUUUGUUGAAAGAUGAACUGCAGACGAAGGUAUUAUGGCAUCAGUUGAUGAUUUCUUUGAAAGAUGAACUGCAGACGAGGGUAUUGUAGCCACAGUUGUUGAUUUCUUUGAGAAUGGAAAUGUAGACCAGGGUAUUGUGGCCACAGUUGAUGAUUUCUUUGUAGAAGGAACUGCAGACGAGGGUAUUUUUGCCACAGUUGAUUUCUUUGAAUGAGUUACUGCGGACGAGGGUUAUGUGACCACACUGGAGAACGUCGUUGAAAGAUAAAGUAUGGACGAAGGUACUAUGGACACAGUAAACGACGUUAUUGAACGAUGAAAUCCAAUCGAGGGUAUUCUGACAAAACUGAAUGAGGUCAUUGAAUGAGGUACCGCAGACGACGGUAUUAUGGAUGACGUUAUUGAGAGAUAAACUCCAGAGGAGGGUAUUGCGGCAACACUGGAUGACGUCAUUGAAGGCAGAACUGCAGACGAAGGUAUUGUUGCCAAACUGGUUGACGUCAUUGAAGAAGGAACUGUGGGCAAAGUUCGCGAUUUCUUUAAAAGGGGAACUGCUGACGAGUGUAUGAUGCCCACACUAGAUGAUGCUAUUAAACCAGGAACAUUAUACGGGGGUAUUGUGGCCACCGUUGAUGAUUUACUUGAAAGAUGA